AACUUGUUCCGAAACGAAUCGAUAAGCAACUCGAUUGUGAACAAUAAACACAAAGAAUAUUUUACUCGAUACAAAAUUUGUUUACGCUCUAGUGUCCAAUAAGUCAACCGAAAAAGUUGAUAAUUAAACAUUCCGCAGCCAUGGACGCCACAACAAGCCUAGCCGACAAGCUGGCAUCGAAAACGGCCAGCAGCAAUUCGCUGGACAGCAGCUCCAAGUCAAGUUCGCUUGGCUCCAAGCACGGCGCCGAGAAUGGCGUACUUAGGGAUACGCCCUUUGCUUAUUUGGACGGCGAGGAGGAUCAGGACCAAAAGAACGAUGUCACCUAUGUCUGCCCGUAUCGCGGACCCGUCUUCGGGGCCCUAACCAUCACCAAUUAUCGCUUGUACUUUCGUUCGCUACCGCUGCGCGACCAGGAGCCACCCGUUGUCGUCGACGUGCCGCUGGGCGUGAUAGCGCGAGUGGAGAAAAUUGGCGGCGCCACGUCACGCGGCGAGAAUAGCUACGGCAUUGAGAUAUUCUGCAAGGAUAUGCGCAACCUGCGCUUCGCCCACAAGCAGCAGAAUCACUCGCGUCGCACCGUCUUCGAGAAGCUGCAGGCGAACGCAUUUCCGCUCUCCUACAGCGGCAAACUGUUCGCCUUCGCCCAUGCCGCGGCGGCACAACCGCCCGCCGCCAAUGCGGCCGUGAGCGCCGGCUGGGAUGGCUGGGCCGUGUAUGAGCCGCUGGCGGAGCUGCGACGCCUGGGCGUGCCCAAUGAUAUGUGGCGUGCCACAAAGCUGAACGAAUCCUAUGGCAUUUGCGAUAGCUAUCCGGCUGUUUGGGCCGUGCCGAAGGCGGCCUCUGAUGAUUUUCUGCGUCGCGUUGCGCAGUUCCGUUCGCGUUGCCGUUUGCCAGUUUUGUCCUGGAUGAAUCCUCGGACACAGGCAACAAUCACGCGCUGCUCCCAGCCGCUGGUGGGCGUUAGCGGCAAACGCAAUGCCGAUGAUGAGACCUAUCUUAGCUAUAUUAUGGAGGCGAAUGCACAGUCGGACAAGCUGACCAUUAUGGAUGCCCGGCCCAGCGCGAAUGCCAUUGCGAACAAGGCAAAGGGUGGCGGCUACGAGUCCGAGGAUGCCUACAAAAAUGUGGAAAUCAAUUUCCUAGACAUACACAACAUACAUGUUAUGCGCGAGAGCCUGCGCAAGGUGAAGGAAGCCUGCUAUCCCACCACCGACGACUCCAAGUGGCAGACGGCCAUCGAUAGCACAUUGUGGCUAAAGCAUAUACGCUGCGUUCUGGCCGGGGCUGUACGCAUUGUGGACAAGGUGGAGACGAUGAGCACUUCGGUUGUGGUGCACUGCUCCGAUGGCUGGGAUCGCACAGCGCAGUUGACGGCGUUAUCCAUGCUGCUGCUCGAUCCGCACUAUCGCACCGUGCGCGGCUUUGAGGUGCUCAUCGAAAAGGAAUGGCUGUCCUUUGGCCACAAAUUUCAGCAACGCAUUGGCCAUGGCGAUAACAAGCAUUCGGAUGCGGAUCGCUCGCCAGUUUUUCUGCAGUUCAUCGACAGCGUCUGGCAAGUGAGUCAACAGUUUGUCAAUGCCUUCGAAUUCAAUGAGCACUUUCUCAUCACAAUUGUGGAUCAUCUGUAUUCGUGUCGGUUUGGCACCUUCCUGUGCAACACCGAGGCGGAGCGUGUAGCAGAGGAUCUUAAGCACAAAACAAUUUCGCUGUGGACGCACAUAAACUCCUCGCUGGAUCAGUAUCUGAAUCCGCUGUUCCCCUCGUUCACGCACGGCCCCGAGCCCGUGUUGCGGCCCAUUGCCAGCGUGCGGGCCGUGCGUCUCUGGAAGGGUCUCUACUGCCGCUGGAAUCCGGGCUUGUGCGCGCCCCAGCACGGCUGCCAGCGUACACGAGAGCUGCUCUCCAAGCAGGAUCUGCUGUUCAAGCAUGUCAAUGAGCUGCGCCUGAAGCUAAACAAUCGCAGCAACAACAUGCAGACGACCACACGAUUGGCCUCGCCCAUGCACUAAAUAGUAUUUUGUUUAUGUUUACUUUCCUGCUCUAACUAGUUCCCAUUAACUGUAUUAACUACAUAACUUAUACAUGCAUUUCCAUGUACAACACUAUUAACGAAUUGUUUAAUCCAAAUAUUAUGUGCAUAAGCAGCAAUACUAAUAAAUAUAUACAUACUAUAAACUAAAUAUAA